AUGAGAAGACAGGCCGCGACGGGCGGUGGAACGGCCCGAGAGCGUGCGCCGGAGUUCCCUCGGGCAGCGCCAACUGCGAGGGACCAGGGGCUCCCGCAGCCGCGGUUCACGGCAAGGGACCUGUUCGGGACGGUGCGAGGAAAAUGUACCAAGUGCGGACGGUGCGACUCGUAUUGGAAGGACACGGAGGAGUACACUGUCAAGUUCGGAGACACGUCGCGCGUGGUGCCGGAGAACGAUCCGGACAUCACGCGCUGCAGCCGUUGCCGCUGCCAGCACAGCGAUCACGUCGACGACGAGGCCGGCACGUCCCGAGAAAGAGGCAACGACGCCGUGUCGGUGGGUCAACUUGACGAAGCGCUGCGGCACUACACACGGUCGAUCCAAAUCAGGCCCGACGCCGCCGUCACGUACGCGAACCGCGCCGCGGCGUACUGCCUUCGCGGGUGGCCGCGGCAGGCGCUGUUCGACGCGGACCGCGCGAUCGAGCUGUCGCCGGAGUGGGCCAAGGCGCGCGUGCGCCGCGCAGAAGCGUUGACGCUGUUGGGGGACCCGCACGGGGCGCUGCAGGCGUGGCGCCUGGCACACAAGCUCGAGCCGGACAACGAGCGCUACGCGGCGUCGAUGCGGACGGCGGCGGAAGCGGCCGAGGUGGCGCCCCAGGCGAGCCGCCCGCCAAGGUCCCCGGAAACAGCCCCGCGACCUCCGGGACCGGAGGCUGCGACGGCCCGGCCUUCGCAGCGGCAGCGUACGAGCCAUGCACACGCACCAUCGGCGGGCGGGAGCGACGGUGGGUCGAUGUGCAGCGCCGCCCCGAGUCAGGGGGGGACUGACGUGUCAGUCGCGGACUGGACGCGCAGGGAGCCCAGUGAUGCACCUCCCCCGAGACUAGCUGGAUCCUCCCAUUCGCUCGCGAGUGACGACGGGGCGGGCGCGGACUGCUGUGGCAGCGAGAGCGCUCUCACACCGAGCGAGCUCUCGGACGACGUCGCGGACCCGACGCCGGAUUCCGACAGCCUGGAGGGCGGGGACGGGAUGUCGGUGCCGAGGCAGGGACCGAGGGCGCCUGGCACGUACCUGAGGCGGUCGGUGUCGCUGUUCGACCUCGCCAGUGCGUCUGGGGGCGACGGUCGUGGGUCGCGCGCGACUGUCUCAGCGACGCGCGAAGUCUGCCGGCAGACCGAGCAGACGAGUGCCUGGAUGUCGUUCCAGACGGCGACGCUCACGGACCGACCGGCCGAUUCCGGCCCCUCGUCGUCUUCAAAGGCGCCCGCGUCGCUCCCGAGGCCCCUGCGCGGGGACUUGACGUUCGCUUCCGACGACGCGCAGCUUCUCAGGCGUGCAUUCAGUGACGUGGCGGAGUCCGUCCCGCGGCACACGCACGGGUGGGACCAGCUCCUGGCAACGCUGCCAACCGGGGGUGCUCUGGGCAGGGACCUCGCGGAGCCGGAACAGCUCGGCGACGUGCUGCAGCCGUCGAGGUCGCUCGGAUCAGCCUCAUCAGCGCCGCGCGUGCCGAUCGUCGGGCCGAUGGUUUCGCUGUGCGCCACCGUGCGGGAGGCGUUUGACAGUGCCCCGGAGGAGUUCGAGUCGCGUGCGGGCGACUCUGAGGGCGGGGCGUGGUCCGAGGCACCGUGCGAGGUCCCAUGCUUCACGUGGGGCGGGCCCGACGACGUGCACGCGGCGCACGCGCUGCACAAGCAACACGAGGGGAGCCGCAGCGUCACUGGCAGCGUAGCAGGGAGAGCAUCGCCCCGCGAUGACCGCAUCUCUCCGAUGGUGGCCGGCGAUGAGGGCGCACCGGCGCCUCGGGCCGAGGCCAUGCGGAGCUUCCGUGCCGCGCUCAAGCAGGCCGCAGGUGCUUUAGCGUGCGUGGUGGGGGCGCCCGUCCCAGCGCUGGCUGCGACGGCGCCGGACGACUCGCAGCGCUCCCGAAUGUCGACGGAGGAGAGCCUGGAGCUGCUGGCCUGGAUGCAGAGCGAGCUGCUGGAGACGAAUGCCCUCGCUGGGCCCCGAUGGCAGACAGCAGGUCUUGUGCCACACGUGCGCCAGCGUGUGGCCGGGGCGUCGGUUGGGGCUUCGGUGAUAGAAGAACCGCGAGCGUUCGACGGCGGGUGUCCGACGGCUGCGCAUCGUUGCAAGCGCCGCAUGAGCCUUCCGAGCUGGUUUCGGCUGACAGCUUGCGUGAUUGGGACAGGUGGCGCGCACAUCGCCGAGGUGAGGGAGUCGCUGGCUCGAUUCGCCGACGUGGACAAGGUGACGGUGUGCAGCAGCCGCGCCAGUGCGUCGCCAAUCGACAUUCCUCGAUCUCCAGCGAGGAAGGAACAGCUCGCCUGCGUGGACAGCAGCGGCGGGUCAGGGGACGACAGCGACCGCGUCGAGGAUCUCGCGCCGCCACAGAGAGUGGCGCUGAGCUGGGGAUACUGCAGGAAGCUCUUCGCGCGUGUCGGAGUGGGCGCAACGUGCAGCGAGAGUUCAGCCUACGGCUCGCUCGUCUCGGAGCCAGCGGUCAUGGGCGCCGCAGGCCGCUCGCCUGGGAGCACCGCGGGGGCGCCGAGCGGCUCCGCGUCGCCCGCUGACGAGUUUGACUGGGUCGAGGCGCAGCAGGAGCGGCUCGAUCUGCAGCAGAAACGGGGGGGCCUCGUUCCUCCGGGGGUGCGAGGGCGGCGGCCGCCGCGGACACAUCCGCGGACGGACGCGAACACCGCGGAUCCGCAGGUGUUCGGCAUCGGCGCCCGCAAACUCUCAGCAGUGCUUUCUGAGUCGGACUCGUGCGGCAGCGCGCCGGGGGUUGCGUGCUCGCAGUGUACGUGUGCAGGCUAUGUUCGAGCUGCGACGAACCAGCCGGUGCCCGUACCGCUGAUCGAGCGAGCGUCGAGGGACGAGGGCAUUGUUGAGCAGGUGAUCCGCUGGGCCAGAGACGGCCCGGGGGACUGCUGCGGGGCGUGUGGGUGCCCGCGGGCAGCGCACGCCGCCCACUCCCAAGGAGCGUCACACUCCCGCAAGGCUCCCUCAAAUGACUCCAGCGCCGAGGACAGCAACACGACGGAGCUCGAGCGACGCCUGGCUCGCGUUGCGGCCGCACGGCAACGUGCAAGGGACGCUGAGAGGGACGGCGACAUUCUGCACACGACGCACGCUGACGGCCUCGAGGGCGCCGAGCGGGUCGGGUGCAGCGACUGUCCGUGCGCGCGGUUCUGCGUGCUGUACCGCCACCAGGACGCCAACGACCCUGAAACGGUCCUGUUCUGCUCUGGCUGCGGCUGCCCCGCCGCAAGCCACGCGGUCGACCCCGAGUGGCGCGAGCGCGAGCGCAGGAGCCGCGAGCAGGCAGAGAGGAUGCAGCGGGAGGCGGCGGCGCGGCGGGCAGCCAGGACGGGGCCGGGGGGGAGUGCCGCUGACGAGAUGGCGGGCCUGCUUCGCACUCUCGGGCUCCCCGAGGGCCAAGCGACGAGCGGGACGCACAUGCGCGUCGUUCGGCAGGCGUACCGGCGACUGGCCCUGGAGCACCACCCGGACAAGCGCGGGGGGGCGUCCGAGGACACGGCGCGGUUCGUGAAGAUCAACCUCGCGUUCAAACGCCUGUGCGAGAUCGCCGGGGAGACGUAG